ACAUAAUUUUCUCUCUCUGCGAAACCAUGGAAGGAAUGUCUUCAGCAGCCAUUGAAGUUCUUGUUCAAAACCUGCUCAACCUUUUCAAGGAUGAGUACUCUCUACUUCGAGGUCUCGAUGAAGAUGCCCAGCAGCUGCAGAGGACUUUAGGGAUUUAUAUAUAUUUGGAGGGGGUGGAAAAUUGGGAGUGGCUGCCCCAAUCAAUUCAAAAUCUCACUCGUCUUGAUUGGUUAGAGUUGGAGAAUAUAGGUGUAGAAGUAUUGCCCCAAUGGUUACAUCUAUAGAGUUGCUACAAGUUGAAGCGUCUGCCCUCUGUGGAUGCAUUGAACCAGCUCACCAAAUUAGAAGAGUUACAUAUUAAAGAUUUCCCGGAACUGAGUAUUGAUUCGGAGUGGUGCAACCUCCUUCCCGGUGUAGAUAUCAGGGUCGAUGGCAAACCUGUUUGAAUGUUGUAGCAAGUAGGCAUUGAGGGCAGCUGGAUGUUUCUUUAUCUUUUCAAAGUCGUUUGAAACAAGGAGCUUCUUGUUAUUGUCAAAUGUCAAUGAUGAACUGUUGGACUUAUCCUAUUGUAUAUUGGUCUUUCUUGCUCAAGUUCACUUCUACAAGCGUUCAUCUUCCAAAAGAAAAAAUUCAGAACAUAUUCUCUCUUUGCAAAACCAUGGAUGGAGGUGUGUCUACCGCAGCCAUCGAAGUUCUUGUCCAAAACCUGAUCAACGUUUUCAAGCAAGAGUACUUUCUAGUUCGAGGUCUCGAUGGAGAUGCCCGACAGCUGCAGAGGACUUUGGGGAUGAUUCAAGCCUACUUGAGUGACGCUGAGAACAAGUCCAUCACCCAACAAGCUGUCAAGAUCUGGUUGGGGGAGCUUGAAGCUGUGGCUUUCGAUGCUGAUAAUGUCAUGGACGAACUCAGUUAUCAUCUUCUCCACAAAAAAGUGAAGAAAAUGAUGGCACCCAAAGCGAAGGAUAAGGUAAUAUUGUCCUUCUCAUCCUUUAAUCGUGUUUCACGUAGGCGUAAUAUGGCUCAUACAAUCAAACAAAUCAAUACCACUUUUGAGGCUAUGAAUAAAAGGGCAUCAGAUCUUGGCCUUCAAAGCAUGGUUGUGAAUGCUCCUGUGGUUGCUGCUCGUACUUACUUGGAGACUGAUUCGUUCAGUCUUGAUCCAAUCUUUAUUGGAAGAGAUGAUGAUGUGCCUAAACUAGUUGACAUGCUCACCCAAACACGCCCAAAGGAACGGAUCUUCUCCAUCCUUGCUCUUGUGGGAAUGGGGGGUUUGGGGAAGACUACGUUGGCUAGGAAAGUAUUUAAUCAUGAAAGAGUAAAGGCUCGAUUCGGAUCACAUAUUUGGGUUCAUGUUUCUCAAACUUUUGAUCCCAUCAUUCUUUUAAGAAAAAUCCUUCUGACAUUGACACCAGAUAUUGGUGAUGGAAUUCAGUGUAGGGAAGUUAUCUUGAAAAAGCUUCAAGAAGCUCUCAUGGCUAAAACCUUUCUUCUUGUUCUUGAUGAUAUCUGGAAUGAAGAUAUUCCAAAGUGGGAAGACUUUAUAAAUUCCAUUUCAGGAGUCUCUUCUACUAAGAAAAAUGGCAUUAUCAUCACCACAAGAAAAGAAAAGGUUGCUUCGGUUGUUAACCCGCUUGAAAUUCAUCAUUUAAACGGCUUAUCAGAUGACGAUUGCUGGUACAUAAUCAAAGCAAAAAGUUUUGAUGGAAAUGGAGAAGUUCCAUCAGGAUUUGAGAUGAUUGGAAGAAAGAUAGCAAAAGCAUGUCAGGGUUUGCCCUUAGCUGCCAAUGUAGUCGGGGGUGUGCUCCACUAUAAGUCCAAAGAAGAGUGGCAUUUCAUCAGUGAAAAUUGGCUUUCAGACGGUGAAGGAGGUCAAAAUAUAAAAAAUAUACUAAAAUUGAGCUUUGAUAAUCUGUCUUCACCAUCACUCAAGAAAUGUUUUGCGUAUUGUUCGGUUCUCCCCAAAGGUGAAGAAAUCGUGAAGCAGAAGCUGAUUGAACUAUGGAUGGCUGAAGGGUUUCUUCAACCAAGCCGAAGAGAUAACAUGGAGUCAGUGGGCAACAUGUUUUUUAAGAUGCUUCUACAGAACUCUUUGCUGCAAGUUCCACAAAGAGAUAAAUAUGGAAAUAUUAGGAGUUGCAUGAUGCACGAUCUUGUGCAUGAUCUUGCAUCUUCUGUUUUGUCUAAUAAUGCAGAUGGCGUCACACCAGUUCGAUACAUGUUUCACGAAAAAAGAUCAAGUACUAUUCCCAUAGAAGUAGCCAUGCAUUUGCGUACAUUUUUAUCAAGAAGUGUAAGUUAUCGUAACAUGUUCUCAGACUUCAAAUGUUUGCAUAAUCUAACUCUUUAUGGUUCUGAUUAUACUGAGUUGCCCAAUUCAGUAAGGAAGUUGAUACAUUUGAGAAAUCUUGAUAUUUCAUGUACAAUAAUUAGAAACUUGCCGGAGUGGAUCAAUGAACUCCAUCACUUGCAGACAUUAAGAGCAAACUCGUGGUUUCUAAAGAAAUUUCCAAGUACGUUGAAAUAUUUGAUCAACUUAAGGCAUCUUUAUUUCUCCAUUGAUUCAGAGAUAGAGUUUCCUGCCGAGAUUGGGAGAUUAACUAGUCUCCAAACAAUGCCAUAUUUUAAAGUGGGCAAAGAGAAAGGCUACCAAAUUGAAGAGCUUGGAAGUUUGAAGAGUCUUAAGGGAGAAUUAUAUAUUGGAAAUCUUGAAAGGGUGCGUGACAAGGAAGAGGCUCUUAAAGCAAACAUAUUUGAGAAUCCAAACUUAUUUGGUUUGCGGUUUUCUUGGAGUGGUGAGAAAGAAGAUGAGAGAAAUGAUGAGAGUGUGUUGGAAGGCCUGCAACCCCAUGCAAAUUUGCAGAAGUUGGCAAUUUCAGGAUUCCAAGGCAAAAGACUUGGAACAUGGUGUGAGAAGAUGGCGGUACGUGAUGGGCCUCGAGGCUCUUGGGUACCACUUCACAACUUGAUUGAGAUAACACUCUCUAGCUGCUCUGAAAUUGAGGAAAUCCCAAUGGUGGAGCACUUGCCAAAUCUCGAAAGUCUUUAUUUGUUUGGACUGAAAAAGGUGAGGUUCAUAAAUUCUUCAUCAAAUUUAAGGUCCUUCCGUAUAAAACGAUUAGAGAGAUUGGAAUGUCUACCGGAUAGCUUAUUCUAUAACAAUCCCAACCUCUCAUAUUUGGAGAUAAGCGAAUGUCGUUUGUUGAGAGCAUUACCAGAUGGACUGGACACCCUCAGUUCACUUGAUCGAUUGACUAUAGAAGAUUGUAAAAAUCUGAAGUCGAUUGGGAAUCCAACAGGCGGAGCAGGACAACAUCGAGGAGUCCUCCAUCGCCUGAGUAUUAUAAGGUGUGGAGAGCUGGUGGAAUUGCCACUUCAAAUGAUAGAGUUGUGGGCGCCCACAAUUGAGUUUCUUCAAUUGGAGAAACUAAGGAGCCUAGAGAAUCUAUCAAUGCUGAUUGACUGCCUCUCUAAAUCAUCUACUCGCCUCACAGAGUUGAGAAUAGUAGGUGUUCCUAAAUUGAUGGCUGCCGGUAGUGUUGAGAGUUCGGGUUUAGGCAGCUUGUGUAGAUUAGAGAUAGAUGUGAGUGUGAACUGGUCAAGGGAGGAUAGUGAUGCCAUUGAACACACUGUUGAUGCCUUAUUGGAAGGAUGUCGCGACUCACUUUCUCAGUUAGAGUUACAUGGGGUGGAAAACUGGGAGUGGCUGCCCCAAUCAAUUCAGCAUCUCGCUGCUCUUGAUAGUUUGAAGUUGGAGAAUGUAGGGGUACAAGAAUUUCCCCAAUGGUUCGGGGACCUCUCGUGUCUAUCGGAGUUGAGCAUACAUGGUUGCAACAAGCUGAGGAGUCUGCCCUCUGUGAAUGUACUGAAGAGUCUCACUCGAUUGAAAUGGUUAAAGAUUAGAGAUAGCCGGGAACUACGUAUUGAUUCAGAGUGGCACAACCAUCGCCAUCUCAAAAUCGAGGUUGUUGAUAGCAAGUCGCAAAUUGAGGUGAAAACAGAGCGCAGACGAAGAAUGGAGUCAAAAUAAGACAAUAUGGCUCAUGUGCCGUGUAUGCAUUUUGUGAGCAAUGUCAUGGCCCGUGUAUGUGGUGCGAAUUGAAGUCGAAACACAACGUUCCACACGGUCUAGUCAAUCGUAAUCCAGAGGGGUCAGAACAUUACACUUGACCGCGUGAAUUGUCGUUACAAGUCGCACAGUCAUUGCUCAUAGCAUGUAGGGGUUGAAUUUUACAUAAUACUUUGGCGAAGAAUUAUUUAGUUUGUUUUAUGUUUAUGUUUUCAUUUAUGGCUACUAUUUUGAGGCA